AUAGGCCCUUGCGCGACUCCGGCUGGGCAGGAUUCCGGACAACGCCUGGUUCCUCUCGGGUCCUUCCGGCGUAGCCGGAGUGAAUUGAUCCGGGAGUUGAAGAGGGCUCCAAAGGUGGGAAGUGAAGUCAGUGCCUCAGUUGUCGGUCAGUUUAUUUAUUUUAUUUUUCUGCCCUAUUCUUUUGUCACCAAAAAAGAGAAGAAAUUCUGCAGUGAAUGAAGAUUCCUCUGAAUUUUAGCACUGCUUUUUCUACUAUAGUUGGCCUUUGAAUGAGGAUGACAAUGGAAGAGAUGAAGAAUGAAGCUGAGACCACUUCCAUGGUUUCUAUGCCCCUCUAUGCAGUCAUGUAUCCUGUGUUUAAUGAGCUAGAACGAGUAAAUCUGUCUGCAGCUCAGACACUGAGAGCAGCUUUCAUUAAGGCGGAAAAAGAAAAUCCAGGACUCACACAAGAUAUCAUUAUGAAAAUUUUAGAGAAAAAAAGUGUAGAAGUUAAUUUCACAGAAUCUCUUCUUCGAAUGGCAGCUGAUGAUGUAGAAGAGUACAUGAUUGAACGACCAGAGCCAGAAUUCCAGGACCUAAAUGAAAAGGCACGAGCACUUAAACAGAUUCUCAGUAAGAUCCCAGAUGAGAUUAAUGACAGAGUGAGGUUUCUGCAGACAAUCAAGGAUAUAGCUAGUGCAAUAAAAGAACUUCUUGAUACAGUGAAUAAUGUCUUCAAGAAAUAUCAAUACCAGAAUCGCAGGGCAUUGGAACACCAAAAGAAAGAAUUUGUAAAAUACUCCAAAAGUUUCAGUGAUACUCUGAAAACCUAUUUUAAAGAUGGCAAGGCAAUAAAUGUGUUCAUAAGUGCCAACCGACUAAUUCAUCAAACCAAUUUGAUACUUCAGACCUUCAAAACUGUGGCCUGAAAGUUGUAUAUGUUAAGAGAUGUACUUCUCAGUGGCGGUAUGAAACUGCCUUUAUCUGUAAAUUUUAAAGUUUGACUGUAUAAAUUAUCAGUCCCUCCUGAAGGGAUCUAAUCCAGGAUGUUGAAUGGGAUUAUUGCCAUCUUACACCAUAUUUUUGUAAAAUGUAGCUUAAUCAUAAUCUCACACUGAAGAUUUUGCAUCACUUUUGCUAUUAUCAUUCUUUUAAGAAUUAUAAGCCAAAAGAAUUUACGCCUUAAUGUGUCAUUAUAUAACAUUCCUUAAAAGAAUUGUAAAUAUUGGUGUUUGUUUCUGACAUUUUAACUUGAAAGCUAUAUGCUGCAAGAUAAUGUAUUUAACAAUAUUUGGUGGCAAAUAUUCAAUAAAUAGUUUACAUCUGUUAAACAUUUCUUUACUUGAAAAAUGCAUAUAUAUAUAUGAAUACAUACAUAUAUAUAAUAUAUAUAUAUAUGUGAUCAGAAGACCAAGAAGACUUGGUGUAAUGUCUAAGGAACUUCUAAUGGGAGCUUAUUAGCAGUUCAUCAGAUAAUAAAGCAACAAGAACUCCUAUUUUAUUGUCCUUAAUCACUCUGGGUAAAAAGUAGUCAAUGGAAGUAGUUUUGUUAUUAAAUAUAUAUAUGAGGUACUGAAUAUUUUUCCAUAUUUCUAGCCUGUUUUAAGAGACUUAUGAGAAAGACAUGGCAGUUACUAGGGUCUCUACACUGUAAUGCCACAGAGUACUUAACUCUCAGGCAAUGUAAAUUUAAAUUUUUCUGGUAUGCUGGACCCUAAAAAGCUUUGUACCCUGUAUUUCCAACACUAGUCCCAAAUAAUAGUAAUUUGAAGCUAUAGCAAUGCUACUAGGUUUGAAAUUACCAUGAGUAUUAGUAGUAUAUAAAUUCUUUAAAUAUGUAGUUCUUUUUUUCACCAUAGAGUUACACGGACAUUCUGUAUCAAUUCAUGUUAAGUGAUUUCAUUUUUCAGGUAUAAUACAAUAAAGGGAAAAAUCAAAAUUU